AAAAAACCUUCAACAGCGCCAGAAGACACCGUGGAGAAAAAACUUCCACAGGCGACGACAGAAAGCAGUCCAAUUGAAGAUGAAUCAAAACCAGAAUCGUCUAUUCCGAAGAAAAAAGCUAAAGUCGUUGGAGGACCGACCCCAAAGAAAAUAACGCCACCUCCAAAAGAAAAACCACCUGUUGAGAAAUCCAAAGAAGUUGAGGACCGUAAACAACCUUCAACAACGCCAAAAGACACCGUGGAGGAAAAACUUCCACAGGCGACGACAGAAACCAGUCCAAUUGAAGACAAACGAGACUUGAAAUCUCCACGGAAAAGACCAGCCGAGAAGGAACCGAUAAAGAAGUCUGACGAUGGCAAAGGAAGGCCUUCUUCAGCAGAAACUCCGAGAAAGGAAAGGAAAAUACAACCCCGAGUGAAGAAAUCUGACGAGAAAGUACAAGUUGAAGAGAAACCAUCUGAAGAACCAACUGUUGAAACUGCUAAACCUCGAGUGAAGAGAGAACCAACUGAGAAACGAUUAGCGAAAACUGAAAAACCUCUGGUGAAAAAAGAACCAACCAGAGAGAAAUUUGACAAAACGCCUAAACCGGAACCAAUCAAAGAAGUAAAACCAGAUUCUCGAGUCGAGCCCGAACAGAAAAGACAAGGCGAUGAAACUGGCAAACCAGAAGAAAAGCAACAAAUAAUCCAAGAGGAACCCAAGAAAGUAGCCAAACCUCAAAUGAAACGUGAACCGACCAAAAUACAAGUUGACAAAACUCCUAAGGACGUAAAACCUUUAGUGAAAAAGGACCAGACUUCAGAGAAAGAUGUGAGAACUGGAAAACUUGAUGAUGUUCCCUCUGAACCUACAAAGGAAAAGGUAGCAGAAAGACGGGAACCUCAAGUUGAAACAGUAAAACCUCAAGAAGUGAGAAAACAGAAAGCCAAACCUGUAACAAAAUCUCCACUUACUGAAAGUGAAACACCACCAGAAAUAAAAGAAGAGAAACUAAAGCCAGAAGAAAAGCCUCAAACGGAAAAAGAACCGACUGGGGAGGAAAUUCCAAAGCCUCCAAUGAAAAGAAAGGAGGUGCUCAAACCAGUUGAAGAAGUUGGUGAAGACACAAAAAGAAGAAAAGUGGCAGAGAAAAAAAAACCUGAUGAGAAACGAGAGGCUGAUGUGAAAAAAGAACCGAUUGUAAAAAGAAUUUCCAAAAGUGCAGAACCUUCAGAAGAAAAACCUAUCGAAAGAAAGGUACCAAAAGCAGAUAAGCCCCAAGUGAAAAGAGAACCGACAAAAGAAGUAGCGGAACUUGAAAAGAAAGAACCCGAUAAGAGCAAACUUGUUGGGGAGGACAAAGGUAGAAGAAAGAAAAGGAAACCUGAAGAUGAAUGGUUAAUUGAGGAAAUUAAACCUGAUACUAAGACACCUGAAGAGUUGGACACAAAAAAGGAUAAAGAACCGAAGGAAAAAGUCGAAAAGCAGCCUGUGAAAAAAUCUGAAAAACCCAUGGAAGAAAGUAAAAAGGAGAAACAACCAGUGAAACCCAAGAAAACAAUACUCAAAACUGUUCCUGAUAAAAAACCAAUCGAGAGUGAUAUAGAGGCUCCUGCACAAAAAAGAAUAAGAGAAAAAUCUCCAAAGACGAAGAAAAUAUCUUUUCAAGAUGACAGGGAAAGUGAAACGGGGGAUGGAAAGUCAACUCCUGAGAAGCCUAAAAAAUUAGAGGAGGCGAAGAAAGAAAAGCUCUUAAAAAAAGACCAUGGUGAGAAACCUAGAAAAGAUGAAGAAAGCUUAGGAGAAACUGAACCACCUGAGAGAUUAGUUGAAGCAAAACCUUCGAAACUCGAGGAUACGAAAAAGCCGAUUGAAAAGCAAAUGCAGCCUCGAACUCCAAAAGAAGUUGAGAAGAAGUAUGAACCUACAAAAGUUACGGAAGAUUUGACUAAAAAACCAGAAGAGUCGACGAAGCCACCCGAUGAUGAAGCUCUUCGAAGAAUGAUGACUCCAAAAGGGGUUACCACAGAUGUUCCGAUGGAUGAAAAGCGUCCGAAAACUAAAAAAAUCAUUGGAGAUGGAAAACCCGUAGACACUAAAGCGAAAGAACCCGUUAAAGAAGAUACUUUUCCUGAAAAAGCUGAAAAAAAAGAGGUUCUUCCAAAAAGUACAGACAAAACACCUGUGAAACUCAAAGAAGACGUUCCUGAAAAAAUUAAGGAAAAGCAACCGAAAUCUGAAAUAAUUGAAGACAAAAAAUUGCCAAAAUCUAAAUCUGCAGAAAAACCCCCUAUCAAGAAAGAUAUUCCUAAGGAAGCUUUAAAAGAGGAUACCCCCAAAACAGUUCCAGAAGAAGUUCCUGUGAAGCAAAAAGAUGUCUAUGGGGAAAGGAAAAAACCAGAGUCCGAAGCACUUCGAAAAACGAUAACUCCCAAAGAAGUUGUGAAAGAAGAUAUGCCUACAAAACCUGUAGAUGAGAAGCUUCCAAAACCCAAAGAAGUUACUGACAAAAAAGAGUGGCCAGAUGCUAAAUCUGCAAAAAAAUCACCCGUCAAAAAAGAUGUCUCCAAAAAAGUGGCAGAGAAACCUGAAGAAGUGUGGGUGAUUGAGGAAGUGAAACCAACUGAAGAAGUGGAUGCAAAGAAACAGAAAGAACCUAAGAAAAAGGUUGAGAAGGAGCCAGUGAAAAAAGAAGAUUUGACAGAUAUUAAACCUAUAGAAAAACCACCUAUUAUAAAAGAAAUUCAUCCCAAGGAAACUAUUAAAAAAGAUGUUCCUGAAAAAGUAUCUGGGGUAGAGCCUGUUAAAUCUGAGACAGGUUUUGAAGAAGAAGCUCUUCGAAGGAUGAUUACUCCUAAAGAAGUUGUGGGAGAAAGAGUUCCUGAAAAAACUGUGGGGGAAGAACCUCCGAAACCCAAAGAAGUUUCUAGAAAAAAAGAAUUGGCAAAAAUACCACCAGUUGGAAAAGAUAUUGCCAAAGAACCUAUUGCAAAAAAAGUUCCAGAAAAAGCAGCCGAUAUAGAAUAUGCGAAACCUGUAGAAGUUUCUGGAGAGAGAAAAAAGUCAGAAGUUGAAACACUUCAAAAAAUGAUUACUCCCAAAGAGGAAGUUCCUAAAAAACCUAAAGAGGAGGAACCCCCAAAACACAAAGAAGUUUCUAGGAAACAAGAGCCGGCAGGUGUCAAAUCUGAAGAAAAACUACCUGUUGAGAAACCUGUUAAAAAAGAUAUCCCCAAAAAAGAAGCAGUAAAACCCGUAGAAGUUUCCGAAGAAAGAAAAACAUCAGAAGCUGAAGCUCUCCGAAGGAUAAUUACUCCUAAAGAAGUUGUGAGAGAGGAAGUUCCUCCCAUUACUUCCAAAGAUGUUAAAGAAGAAGCUCCUAAGAAAACUUUAGAGGAGAAACACUCAAAACCCGAAGAAAUGUUUGUAAAAGAAGAGGUGACAGAUAUCAAACCUGAACAGAAAUUGCCAGUUAAAAAAGAUAUCAUUCCCAAGGAACCUGUAAAGAAAGAAGGUAUCAAAAAAGUAACCAAGGUAGAGCCUCAUAAACCUGAGGCAGUUCCUGAAGAAAGAAAACAGUCAGAGGCUGAAGCUCUUCGAAGAAUGACUACUCCCAAAGAAGUUCUGAAGGAAGAAGUUCCCAAAAAAAUUGUGGAGAAGGAUAUUUCCAAAGAAACAGUCAAGAUGGAUAUUCCCAAAAAAGUGACGGAGAAAGUGCCUCUGAAACCCCAAGAACUUCCUGAGGAGGAACAAAAAGUGUCUGAGGCUGAAGCUCUUGAAAAACUGACGGCCCCCAAAGAAAAAAUCAUUGAGAAAGUUGUCCCCGAAAAAGCUGCAAAGAAAGAUAUACCGACAAAAGUACCAGUGAAACCUAAACAAGUUAUUGAAGAGAUCACUACAUCAGCAGAAGCUGAAGCUCUUCAAAGGAUGAUCAGUCCCAAAAAAACUCCAGAAGAAAUUCCCAAGAAAGCUAUACCUGAAGAAGUUACUGAGGAACAAAAGCUGAAAGAAAAAGUUCCUGCUGCAAAAGAUAUAAUUCCUGAGGAAGUUGCAAAAGAAGAUAUUUCCAAAAAAAUUGAAAAAAUAGUUCCUCCGAAACCUGAAGAAGUUCCUGAGAAGAUCAAAAGGUUAUCAGAGGCAGAAGCUCUUGAAAGACUGAUGAUUCCAACAGUAAAAAAAGAAAAACCCGUUGAAGAUGAUAUUGAACCCAAAGAAGUUGAAAAGGAAGUAAUUCCUCAAAAAGGUGAGAAGGAAGUGCCUGUUAAACCUGAAGAAGUUUCUGAUGAAAUAAAAAAGUUGUCAGAAGUUGAAGCUCCUCAAAGACUGAUGUUUCCUAAACGAGUUGCCGAAUCUCUUCCUGAAGAAGAGAAGCCUAAGGAAGAAGAGAAACCUAAGGAAGAAGAGAAACCUAAGGAAGAAGAACCUAAGAAAAAGGAAGAUAUACCUAGGGAAAAGAAACCUGAAAAAGAGGUUGAAUUGAUAGAAACUGAAGCAGAACCAAAAACGCCCAUUGAAAAAAUCAGUCCCGAAAAAGCUAUAAAAAAAGAUGAACUUACAGAGGAGAAACUGCCUAAGAAAGUAGAAGAGCCAGAAGAGACUAAAGAGUCAGUAGAGGUCGAGGCACUUCGACGGAUGAUGGCCCCGAAGAAAGUUGAGAAAAAAGAAAUUCGUGAAGAAGUAGAACUGGCCAAAGGUGAAGAGGAAGGUGAAAAACUUGAUGAAAUAGUGAAAGCAAAAUCAAAAGACUCAGUUAAGUUGAUACCCGAAAAAGCUCCCCGCGAAAAAGAAAUUAUUGUAGUUAAAAAAGAGGAACCACCUACUGAAAGACCAAAGAGAGAAAUUUCAGAACCUCUGAAACCUGAAAAAGGUGAAGAGUCAGAAGAAACGCUGGCACUCAAAAGGUUGAUACGAAAAAAGUCACCGAAGGAAAAACCACAACUUGCAGAAGUCAAAAAAGAAAAACCAGAAGAAAAAGUACCUUCGGUUGAAGUGAAGAUGGCAGAAGAGAAAAAACCAACCGAGGAGAUUGAAACUGUACCUGCAAAAGAAAUUCUAAAAUUUGAGCCGAAAGCAUCAGAAGUUGAAACAAUGGAAGAAUAUUCAACCCCAAUUGGCGAACCCGCUAUGUCUCAUGAUGAACUGGAUGUAAUACCUCUGGAAAUGGAAGCCCCAAAACUUGAAGAAAUUGAAGAAAUAUACCUUCCCGUUGAAGCUAAGGCUGAUCAAGAACUAAUUGCUGCAAAAGCGGAGCCUGAAAGGGAAAAAGAAGAACCUUCUGAAACUGCAAAGGAAAAACCUGAGAGACUGGAAAGCCUUCUAGGAGAGCUGGAAGAAUCAGACGAGGACCAGAAACAAUUGUUGAAAGAAAAACAGCCUGAACCACCGAAACUAGAGCAUAGAUGCGCAGCUAUGAUACGUCAAGCCCAAGAGCUGAGCGCCGCUUUAGCUGCUAGAAGUGGAGGAAUAGUAGUUAUGCCAGAUACAAGAUCCAAAGACCGUGAUUUGAUUCCUCGUGGAUAUCUUCCAGGUGAAGUUCUACCGAAAUUUUUACCCCCUCAGAAGUUACAAGUUCCUGAAUGGACUAAAGUUAGUGAGAAAGGGGGCAUGACAUCAUGUGGAGCAGCAUGUUCACACCCUGAAUCGUUGGGGAAAGUAGUGAGUGGAAAACCCGUUGAGACAGAGGCGCUCACGAGAGAGGAACCUGUUACGAAAGAAGUGCCCAAGGAAGAAGACGAAGUCGUUUCGAGAAAGCUGUUCAAAGAAGGCCAGCCUGUUGGAAGAGAAGCACCCGUAGAAGGAGAACCAAUUGAAAGAGAAAUUUUCAAAGAAGAAAAACCCGUUGGGACACAAGAGAGUCCUGGUGGAGUUCCGUCGAAAUUUAAAGAAGUGCCCAAGGAAGAAGACGAAGUCGUUUCGAGAAAGCUGUUCAGAGAAGGCCAGCCUGUUGGAAGAGAAGCACCCGUAGAAGGAGAACCUACUGAAAGAGAAGUUUCCAAAGAAGAAAAACCCGUUGGGACACAAGAGAGUCCGGGUGAAGUUCCGCCGGAAUUUCUACCUCCUCAGGAAUUACCUUUUCCUGAUUGGACUAAAGUUAGUGAGAAAGAGAAAAGAUGUAGAGCAGCAUGUUCACACCCUGAAACUUCAAGGAAAGUAGUGAGUGAAACACCCGCUGGGAGAGAGAUGCUCACGAAAGGGGAAUCUGUUGGGAAAAAAGGACCCAAAGAAGAAGACGCUUUGAAAGAACUUUUCAAAGAAAGAGAAGAUUUCAAGGAAGAAAAACCCACUGGAGUACAUGAGCUCAAGGAAGGAGAACCUUUCGAAAGUGAAAUGGUUAAGGAAGAAAAACCUAUUGAGGAAGAAGUGCUAUCGGAACAAGAAGCGGCCUUGAGGAGAUUACUGACUCCAAGGUUCAGUAAGGUAGAAGCCAAGGAAGAAGCCAAACCCACUGAAGAAGAAGCCGUUUCGAGAGAACUGUUCAAAGAAGGAGAGCCUGUUGAAAGGGAAGCGCCCAAGGAUGGAGAACCUAUUGGAAUUGAAACGGUUAAGGAAGAAAAACCAAUUGGGGAAGAAGUGCUAUCGGAAGAAGAAGCGGCCUUGAGGAGAUUACUGACUCCAAGGUUUACUAAGGUAGAAGCCAAGGAAGCAGCCAAACCCACCGAAGAAGAAGAAGCCGUUUCCAGAGAAGAAAAACAAGAGCUCAAGGAAGGAGAACUUGUUGAAAGUGAAAUGGUUAAGGAAGAAACACCUAUUGAGGAAGAAGAAGCGGCCAAAGCUACUGGUGAAAUUCUCAAGAAAGCCAAAGAAAGCGAUGAGGACUCUUCCUCAAGAGUAGCACCUCUCAAAAAGUUCGUUCCUAAACUGAUACUCACUUGGGAGGAAACCGACUCUGACCCAACAGGUUUUCCCAGCGAUGCGCCGGCUCAUAGAGUCUCUAGUGAAGCCCACAUUGGGGGCCGUUUGUCGAGAGUACUAUCUGGCGAUACUUCAGGAUUAGGAACUCCUAAGGUUCCUUUGGCAGGGGUUAGUAUGCCUACACCUAAAACGUUAUCAGGUGAAAUAUUGCAACGACGGUUAUCUGAGAAAUCUGUGGACAAAAAACCGAGCGAUACCAAAAAACCAAAACGAAGUUAUGCAAGUGAUUCUGAACAGAUUUUGAUGAAAAUUGUACCCGAAGAUAAAGUAGCAGCCAGUAGAAAGGUAUGCAGGGCACCCUGCGCAAGAAUUUCCGAUAGCGUUGAACCUUCUGAACAAAAACCUAUUCAAGACAAAUCUUCCGAGAGAAAAAAAGACGUAACAGUAGAAAAAGUGUCUGCUUUAGAGGAAACAGUUGUCCCAGACAUUGAUACCGAAACACUAGGUGAUAAAGUUGAAGAGCUAGAAAAAGAUGCUGCUGCUACCUCUUCAACUUCGGAAGCGUUAGAAAGUUCACGUGAGGGAAAAACUCGAGAUAAAUCAGGAGGUAUCUCAUUUGAGAUUUUGGCACAACCUCUUUCAGAAGAAGCAGAUGCAAUGCAGGAAGAAAUUGACGACCAGAAGGAAGAAUCUAUCAUCAAAGACUUGCUAGAGAAUAUUUUGGUAGACGCCGUUUCUUCGAAGGUGCCGCCCGUGGAAGUAGAUUUCGCCCAACAAAAUGAAGAUGACCAAGAAGGGGGACAUAUUGUUGCUGACUUACUAGAAAGUAUUUUGGAAGACGCUGUUUCAUCAAAAUCAUCUUCAGAAGAAAUUAAACUUGCUCAGCCACAAAUAGACGGCCAAGAGAAAAGGAAUAUUAUUGACCCACUCAGCAAGUCAUUAUCAGGAGAAGUAAGAGUUCUCAAGGAAGAAAUUCCCGAAGAAGACGAAUGGUCAAUUUUUGCUGAAUUAACAGAAUUCAUCUUGGAAGAGGCAACUUCUCCAGAAUCAUUGUUGGGAGAAAUAAUUACACCAGAAGAAGCCGAUGACAAAAAAGAAGUUGACUCCAUCGUUAGCGACACGCUGGAUGAUAUUUUAGAAAGGGUUAUGUCAGAAGCAACAAGUUAUGAGAUUGAAGAAGUAUUGGCAAUUGAUAAUGACGACGCACCAGCAAUUCCAUUGGAGCUGGGUGUUCCAGAGAAAAAAUCCGAUGUUGACAUCAUUGAAGGUAUAGAUACAUCUCAAACAGACGUUUUCGAAGAUGCCCGAGUAGAUAGUUCUGAGCUCGAAGAUUCAUUGAAAACAGAUCUGGUUGAAGAUGACGCAGAUGUGUCGGAAUUGCGUUUGCCCCUAGAUAGAGUUGGGGAACGUGUACCCCGAGAAAUAUAUCUAGAAGCAAGGAAAAGUGUCAACGAAGUCAUCGGUGAGGCUGUUAGAUCUGUAGCUCGUCAGUCGAUGGAAAGAGGACAAAUGGUGGAAUCUCUCGAGGAAGUAGAUUAUGGUUUCUCAACAUUCUCAUCAUCAACUCCAGUUCCUGUUGAGUCUGAGAUGAUGGUGAUCACCGAUGAUACACUUGGUAUAAAUCCUUCAGAUUCAGUGAUUGCCGAAGCUGAAAUAACUUCGAUAAUCAAUGAAAUUAUUGAAAGAGUCCCAGAGUCUCCGGAUCACUCGUGUUAUGUGUUAUCUGAAGCAACCGUUUCAGAAACAGAAUGGUUCCUUGCUGCUCCACCAACUUCAGAAGUAUUCCAGAGAGGUAUUCAGGCCGUAGUUCCCCAAGAAAGUGCAGGAACAGGUCCUUCUUCCCGAAUAAUGUCAUCAGUGUCAUCUCAAGUCUCAGAAGGUAUAGUACCACGUUCGGUCUUGAUGGUGCCCCUCGAUAUGGUACCUGCUUCAGGUGCCGCUAUUCCCGUAGUUACAACUGCAGCUCCCAUAAUCACAGUAGCGUCAAUUCCUCCAGCAUCAUCUCCUCUUCCCGUUGCUGCGCAAGCUCCUGCUUUCACAGUUCUUCCUGCCGCAGCCGCAGCUUCUGGUUUUUUGCCGUCACUUUUCGGCAGACGAACCCCAGUAUGUGAAGCCAGAUGUGCACAGAAGGAUAACGAGUCCCAAACCCCAAGAAAUAUCAUACAGGACAAAGAUACGGCAACUGAUGAAGAUGGAGCCGGUGAAGAUAAAGGAACCGAAGCUGAUGCAAUGAGAAUAUGUCCUCAGACCGGUCUGAUCUGUGAAUGUUGGAAAGAUACACUUGACAGAGGGCAAACAAGACGAGAAACCAAUGUUUGCAAAGGCCCUUGCCGAAGAAUACCUAAGGAAUCGAAAGAGAAGUCUGAUUUGAACGAAGAAAAAAAGCCUGGGAGGGUCUGCAAGGCUCCCUGUUCCAGAAGGAGUGGGGAAAAUACAGGAGACGAAAGUGUUUACGAGAAAGCUGCUGGGUUCAGGCGAGAAAAAUCCAUUAUCGAGCUACGUUUUGAGAGAGAUCAGGAGGUGUUGGAGAAGCGCAUCACGUCUGUAACAGCAAAAGACUCUGAAGAGGACUUGCCAGCAUUGAUUAUUCAUAAAGAUGCUGAGAUCAUAGCGUUGAAGAAUGCUUUAGCAGCCAAAGAAUCCUUCUGCGCAGAACAACGGAAAAUUGCCGCUGCUGCUUUGGAGCAGUUGGAGAACAUCAAGAACAUUGCGGAGGAGCGGGACGACCUCAGAAAGAAGUUGGAAAGCUCCCAAAAUGAACUGGAACAACUCAAAAGAAAUAUCGCACUGGGAAAGCCAUUUGGCAUAGAGGAGGACAGAUCAAUCCACGUUCCUUUCAUAGAAGGGAGCUCAGUAGCAUGCGAAGAAGAAAUAGCCACCUUGGAGAAAGAAAUAGGCGACAUGCGAUCUGGCAAACUGACCCCAGACCUCGAAGCCAAGGUCAUCCGCAAAGAAGUCGAAGUCCUGAAGAAAUACUGCUCGAAACUGUCUGUGAUACAAAAGGAGAACCACCAACUUAAAGCGCAAAUCUCUCAAUACGAAAGCAAGCUGAGUCGCCUAGGCGUCGGAGAGAAGAACGAAAUGGAAAUCGAAGAUCUCAAGAAGAAGUUGAGUACUUUGGAAGCCACAGUUAGGGAAAGAGACAACUUGAAAGUCAGAUGCCGCCAGCUCGAGAAGGAUCUGUACGCCUACAAUGAUCUUCCUGAGGAUGUUGAGGUGUUCAAGCAGAGGUCGCUGCUUCUGGAAGAGGUCCUGCAGGAUAGAGAUCGCUUAAGUAAACGUGUCGAGCAACUUAGAGGCAUUGACGAAGAAGUUUACAACCUGCGGAAAAAAUCAGCACGGGUUGAAGAACUGCAGGAGGCUCUAGACGCCUACAAGAAGGAGAAGGCCCGAAUGGAGGAAGAACUGGAUCAUUUGCGGUGCAGAUGUUCCAUGGCCGAAAUCGAUGCGUUCAACGAGAAGACUGAAAGUGACACGCUGCGUUCGAAAAUCGCUUGUCUAGAACACGACGUGGAAAGCCUGAAGUGUCUAUGCAAAGACAAGGAGAGGACGAAACAGGAGAGAGACCAUCUCAAGAGGAGCCUCGACGAACUAGUCCGCAUGGAGAAGGACUUCGAUCACAUGAGGUCCCAGAUGAAGUGCCUGGAAGUUUUGAAAGCCGAGAGGGACAUGUUCAAGGCAAAGUACGAGAACCUGCUUGGAUUGGAAUGUGAAUGCGACAUACUACGCGCGCAAGUACAGAAGGCUAAAACUAUAGAAAAAGAAAGGGACGCUCUCGAAAAUCAAGUGGAAGAUUUGGAACAGUGCAUAGCGGACCAAGAGAAUGAGAUCAGAAGAUUGGUAUGUCACAUUGACGUGCUAGCCAAAGGAAGAGACGAGCAACAGGAGAAACUGAAGGACGUCUUGUCUUCAAUGAGAUCGGAACUCGAGAAAAAGGAUAACCUAAUCCAAUCAUCUGAAGAAAAACUAGCUUCUUUGCAAGCCGACUUGCGACACACCAUUCACGGGCUCAGUACAGAAACGGCGCAGCUCAAAAGUAGAAACGAACAACUGGAGAAACGUUUCAACGAUCUCCAGAAGGACAACAACAACCUGAAAAUAGAAUGCAAGUGCCUGCAAGAUGACUACGCUUACUUGGAGAAGGACAAAGAGCGCUUGGAGUUGGCUCUGAUUGAUUUGAAGCAAGAAAACGAUUACUUGGAUAAACAGAUCUUGGAUCUAACUUCUGACAAUGAAUAUUUGAUGAAAAUGCUUCAAGAAAAAGAAAACUCGAUAAGAACCUUACAGGAUGUUCUCAAAGACCAUGAGCCCAUUCUGAGCGAUUUUGAGAAGGCGCAGGUAAUGCUGAAUCAGGUGCCACAAGAUAAAGUCGCCAUUCAAAAUGAACUGGAAGCGGCAAAGGAAGAAAAUAAGAAACUCCAAGAAACGCUUUCCAACAUGGGAACUGCCGCAGGAGAUGAACAUCUUCACGAGUUGUUAAAACAGUCCAAAUGCGCUGUGCAAAGAAUCGCAAUGGAGUUGAGCAAGCAGUACGAAGAAUGGGACUGCAUCAAAAACAAGCUGAAGGAAAUAGAGGAGGACGAUCAGAAGGAUAAAGAUGUGAAAGAAUCGAGACCGCUGCAAGAUCCAGCUGGUGAUACUCAACAUUUCGAAGAGUGGGAUUGCAAAGCAAAGAAGACAGAAAGGGGCACAAAUAAAAGAAGCUGCGUCUGUUUAACCAUUGGAACAGGCACCAGAGAGCAAAAACCAAAAUCACCUCCUAAACGGACUUGUAACUGCAUGCAAUUUGGAGCUGAAACAAAAGACUCCAGUUUGUGGGAUUGCAAGAAGAAACGGGAACAGAGUUCUGGUGACCCAAAGACUUGGGACUGCAAAAGGGACAAGGGAGUUCCUACAAGUACUUGUACGUGUGUCAGUAAAGGAAUAGCUACAACAGAUCCAAAAUUGUGGGAUUGCAAACAGAAUAGAGAUAGGAGUCCCUCAGAUCGGAGGCCUGUUGGGACUAGCACACGAGACUCGAGCAUGUGGGACUGCAAACGAGAGAAGGCAGUCGCUACUAUUACUUGUACCUGUGCUAGUAGAGGGGUUGCGACUACGGAUUCUACAGAGGGGGGUUACGAAAUGACCAGGCCGCAAGAAGGUUCGGAAAAGUUCGAUAAGGGCACCGAGAAAAAACCUUAUGAUGAAGUUAGCGAUGAACUGCGAGCAUUGGUCAUGAGCUUGCCCGGUAUUAGACCGUGCACAUGCACAUGUGCAGAUAAAGUACGAAAGAAAGAGGAUAGAGGGGUUGAUAACAUUCCCUGCAGUUGCAUGGAUAUUGGUGUUUCUACAGAUCAUGAGGAUGAAGACGAGACAGUUGUGAGAAAAAGCGCAAAAGCCAGUGAAACUGUCCCUUGCCAAUGUACUUGUGUCGGUACUCUCACAGAAGAACUACAACAAUUGGGUGAGAAGGAACGAGGGAAAGAUAAAGAGACAAGAUACGAACCUGACUGGAGGAAAUGGGACUGCAGACCGUCUAUAAAAGAGGAACCAGAGGAAGAACAAGAGGAGGAAAUGCACACAGCCCGAUCGACUGAUAGUAAGUGCAAACACCUGGAAGAGAGAAUUGAGGCGCUGGAACAAGAACUCGCUCAGGCUAAUGAUACCAUCUUGAAGCUGAAGGAUCGGUUAUCAGAUACUGAAAAGUUGGGAGCCGAAAACAUGGCAUUGCGGAGGCAUUCCUCCGAAGUGCAAGAGGUAGCCAAAGACCAGAUAGAGGAUCUCGUUGAACGUUUGAAGAAAGCGAAGGAAGCACUGUCUAUCUUAGAGGAUGACAAUUCUAAACUGAAAGGUCAGCUAACAGACAUGCAACUAGAGAAGAACAGACUUUCGAAACUGAUUGAAGAGUUGCAAGCUGGUAGGGGUGAGGAUACUGAGAAGAUGAGGAAAGAGUUGGAAAACUGUGUUGCGGAAAAAGCUGCUCUUCAAAAACGACUGGAGGUUUUAGAAAAUCAGUUAUCGAAAGAUGUUUCGGAAGACGAUAAAUUGAGAGAUCUGCUUGCCCUCAACAAAGAUCUUCAAAAUAGAAUACUGGAGCUGGAAAAACAAUCAGCUGAACUCAAUCGGUCUAAGGAGGAACUCAUGGAACUUAAGACGAAAUUGCAGCAAGAGCAGAACCAACAUCGUCAGGCUGAAGAUCAACUUGCUGAUUUUCAGAAACAACUAGAGGAUUUACGAAACCAACUGCAGGAAAAAAAAGUUUCCGGAGAUGAUGAACUUGGAAAUUUGUUGGCUGCCAACAGAGACCUCCAAAAUAAAAUACUUGAGCUGGAAAAGCAACUUUCAGAAAUGAUGGAGCUGAAGAAGAAAUUACAGCAAGAACAGAACCUUCGUCAGAAUGCUGAAGAUCAAGUUGCUGCUCUCAACAAGCGACUGGAGGUUUUAGAAAGCCAACUGUCCAAAGAUGUGCCGGAAGAUGAUAAACUAAGAGAUUUGCUAGCUGUCAACAAAGAUCUUCAAAAUAAAAUACUCGAGCUGGAGAAACAACUUUCAGAAUUGUUGGAACUGAGAGAUUUGCCAGCCAUCAACAAAGACCUUCAGAAUAAAAUAUUAAAUCUGGAAAAACAACUAUCAGAAAUGAUGGAGCUGAGGGAGAAAUUACAACAGGAGACAAACCUCCGCCAUAAUGCCGAAGAUCAACUUCUAAACCUACAGAAUCGAAUACUGGAUUUGGAAAAUCAGCUUUCUCAGUUUGAUGAAGUGAAUAGGAGGUUGCAACAGGAGGACAUCAAAAACCAACAGCUGGAGGAGCAGUUGUCGAAGCUACUAUCAGCUGAUCAAGUAGACGUAAAAAAUAUGUACCAAGAACAGUUGAAAAAACUCGAAGCUGAAAAUGCAGAUCUCAGAAACCAAUUGGAAGCAAGCAAGAACCUUCAGCGCAAUGCCGAAGAUAGAAUCAAGGAGUUAGAGGGUAUAAUUUCGGAACUAGCCAAGGCAGGAGAUACCUCCGAAGUGGAUCGUCUAAGGAAAGAAUUGGACAAAGAAAGAACUGAUAUGAAAGACCGUUUGGCCCAAAUCAACAAUCUUCAGAAGCAGCUUCAAAAUCAAGAGGAUUUAAAAUCGCAGAUUGAGAAACUGAACCAGGAAAAGGAAGGGUUUGAGAAGAUGCUAACUAGUAACGUAGUCACCACUUCUCGAAGAAGUUCCAAGCUAGAAAACGAGCUGGACCUGGUCAACAAGAAAAACAAAGAGCUCCAGGACGAACUUUAUAGACUGAAGCAGCUCGAGGCUGAGAACAAAGAUCUGUCAGCCAGACUCACGUCGUGUAAAAAUGAAGGCGAACAAGUGAAAAAGGAUUUGGACAAUGCCAGGAGCGAGAUAGAGAAGCUCAAGAAAGCUCUGCCAGAUGCCGAUCUUCUGGAUAAGUUGAAGACCGAAAAUCAUGAUUUGUUGAAGAAAGUUGAGUUACAGGCUAGAGAGAUAUCCGAGUUGUUGGAGAAGCUGAAGAAACCAUCGCCGAUCGUCCAAAUAACUGCGUCGCAACUAGAGAGAGAAAAGAAAGAGAAAGAGGGCCUGCAGUCAAUUAUCGAAGAUUUGGAGAACCAGCUGAAAAAAAUACCACUCGCUGAAAAGUUACCGACUCUCGCACCAUCUGAAGAGUUGCAAAACGUUAUUAAAGACUUGACGAAACGACUUGAAGAUGCUCAACAACGUGCUGAUGCUGCCGAAACAGCUCUGAAGAACAUGAAAGCUAGCGAUCCUACGGCCAUGUUGAAGGCAGAAAUCGCGAGGCUGAAAGAAAAUAUAGAUGAGUUGGAGAAGGAAAACGGCGAUCUCAAGCAGUUGGUCACUCAAGGAAAGAGCGAUACAGACAAGUUGAAGAAGGAUCUUGAUAAUGCUUUGAACGAGGCUAAAAAGGUAGUGGAUGAAAACGCCCAGCUGAAAAAAAAGAUUUCUGGUUUACAAAACGAGAACGACGACUUGAAGGCGACUGUGGAUAAGCUUAAGGCAGGCCUGUCGGGCGACGAAUUGCUGAAAGAUGAAGUUUCCAAAUUGAAGGCUGAUGUCACAAGGCUCGAAAAAGAAAAAGCGGAACUCAAAAACGAUCUCGCUCAGAAAGAUAAUGAGAUAAAGAACGCCUACGAAAAAAUAUCCAAAUUGCAAGAUGAGAUUGGCGAGUUGAAGCAGGAAAUGACAAAACUGAAAAGCGACAACGACAAGCUGAAGAAAGAUCUUGAAACUUUGACGAGUAACUCUAGAAAAGACCUUGAAAGAAUGGCACAGAUGGAGAGAGAUAACUCCAAAUAUCAAAAGGAUAUGCAAAAUCUGGAAAACGAGUUGGCCAGGACGAAAAAAGAUCUGGAUUCGGCUUUGAACGCUGCCAAAAAAGCGUCUUCCGAAGUGGGCGACUUGCAGGCCGAGCUGGCAGCACUGAAACAGAAAAUAUCAAAGUUGGAAGAGGAAAAUAAUGGAUUGAAGACCAAAUUAGAUGCUGCAGAGCGUAAUUUAGGUGGCAGCUCCGAUAAAUCGAAGAAACUCGAAGAAGAGUUGGAAAAACUCAAGAAAGCUAAAAACAAUGCUGAAUCUCAACUGUCGAAGCUGCAGAAAGACCAAGAUGCAGCGAAUACAGAGGCGAAGAAAGCAGCGGCAGAGCUCUCACGGCAGCAAAACGACAACGCCAAUUUAAAGGAACGACUCGCGAAGUUGGAAGCGGAAAAUGCGAAUCUCAAGAAAGAUUUGAGCGCUGCUCUAGAUGAAGCCAAGAAAGCAUCGGAUCUGCGGGAAGAGACUGCGAAACUGAAACAGAAACUGGUUAAUUUGGAAAAUGACAAUUCGAAACUUAAGAAAGACAUUGAAAAAGCGGAGGGCGAAGCUAAAAAGGCCGCCGGGACCGAUAAAUCAAAAACAGAUGAUAAUAAACUUGCAGAGAGGGUGGCUAAGUUGGAGGAAGAGAACGCCAGAUUGGGCAAAGAGCUGAACGCUGCUUUGGAUAAACUCGGCAAAGCCAACGCGACGAUUUCGCAAAUGCAAGAUGAACAGAACAAAACGAAGCAAAAAUUGGCGCAAUUAGAGUCCGAAAACGAAAAGCUGAAGAAGGAUGUGAACAAGGCGCUAGACGACGCUAGGAAUGCAGCAUCAGAAAUGUCGAAAGGGCGAGACAACGAAUCCGCGUUGAAACAGCGAAUAGCUCAGUUGGAAACAGACAACGCCAAAUUGAAAAAAGACUUGGACACCUCCUCAGCUAACAGCAAGGCUAACUUAUCCAAUUUCCUGGCUCUGAAGGAUGAAAACAACAAACUGCAGCAGAGAAUCGAGCAGCUCGAACAGGAGAAUGGAAGGUUGAAAAAAGAUUUGGAAGCUGCUUCGGGGGAUAAGAAACUCGUCGAUGAUUCGGAGAAAUGGAAACAAAAAGUUGGGCAGCUGGAGGAUGCGAACAGUAAGCUGAAAAAAGAUCUUGCUGACGCCUCAGAGGAGCACAUAAAGUGCCCAAAAACGAUAGCCCAGCUUCAGAAUGAGAUCGACAACUUGAAGAAAAAAAUCUCUGAUCUCGAAAGAGAUGUUUCUAGCUGGAAAACAAAGUACGAGGGCGCGGCAGGAGAUGCGAAAAAGAGUGACUCCGAAAUAGAAAAGUUGAGAGACAGCGAAGCCAAGCUCAAGCAACUCAACGCGCAACUGCAAUCCGAAAACAACAAGUUGAACAAAGACGUAUUAGCUUUGAAUGCCGAGCUGAAAACGAUUACCGAUAAUUUGACUCAAACCAAAGACGAGGUGAAUAAAUUGAAACAAAAGCUCGCUCAGCUCGAAUCAGAAAACGCGAAGCUGAAGAAAGACUUGGACAGUUCCAUGGAUGACUUGAAGAAAGCCCAAACCUCCUUAUCCCAACUGAAAGACGACGAAGCGAAGCUGAAACAACGCGUAGCCUCGCUGGAAUCGGAGAACGCUAAAUUGAAAAAAGAGCUCGAUAAUGCUACGGCCGAGGCGAAAAAAAGCCUUGUUGGGGCCGAUCUGGCUAGGAGCGAGGACGCCAAGCUGAGAGAAAAGCUGGCUCAGUUGGAAGACGAGAACACGAAGCUGAAAUCAAACUUGCAGGACGCCCUGGCCGAGGCGAAAAGAAGCAACGCCGACUUGACGAAAAUGAGAGACGAAGAUUUGAAAUUGAAGCAGCAGCUGGCUAAACUGGAAAUGGAGAACUCGAAGCUCAAAAAGGACUUGGACAAGGCUUUGAGCGAUGCCAUGUCUACAAGCAACGCAUCGACUCAGUUGAAAGAUGAGAACAACAAACUGAAACAGCGUAUUUCUCAACUCGAAGGGGAAAUAGCGGGACUGAAGCAGGAGUUGAAUACCGUGCUAGAGAACGCUAAAACGGGUGCUUCUGGUUUGAAUAAAUUGCAGGCUGAUGACGCCAAGUUGAAGCAGAGAAUGUCGCAACUGGAGAAAGAAAACGCCAAGCUCAGAAGUGAUAUCGAAGCUGCAUCAAAGGAGGCUAGAGAAGGAACUGAUGCGGUGAACAAGCUGAGGGGUGAGAACUCCAAACAGAAGCAAACGAUUUCGCAGCUUGAGUCUGAAAUCGCAAAGUUGAAGCAGGAUCUAGAGUCUGCUGUGAACGAUUCUAAGAAAGGAGUUUCGGCACAAUCCAACCUCCAAGAAGAGAAUGCCAAGCUCAAGCAAAAAGUCGCGCAACUAGAAAAGGAUAACGUUACACUGAAAAAAAAUCUAGACAGCGCUGUGGCUGAUGCCAAAGUCGCCGCGAACAAUAGUAUGCAGCUAUCUGACGAAAAUGCCAAGUUGAACCAGAAAAUCAAGCAGUUAGAAAGCGAACUUGACAAACUGAAGAAGGAUUUCAGCAAAGCGCUAGAGGAACAGAAGAAAACUGCCGCAGAGCUGAACCAAGCUAGAGACAACGAGACAUCGAUGAAGCAGUUGUUGGCUCAGCUACAGACUAACAACGCUCAGCUGAAGCAGGAGAUUGACUCGGCCCAUGGAGAUGUUAGAAGCGGCAAGAGCGACCUCAACAAGUUGAGAGAAGAGAAUGCUAAUGUCAAGCAAAAACUGGCGCAGGUCGAGAACGAGAACACAAAGUUGAAAAAGGAACUCGAUAAUGCUCUGAAUGAUGCGAAGAGUAAAACGACGGAAGUGCAGCGACUGAAGGAUGAGAACGCGAAGCUCAAGCAAAAAAUUGCAGAUCUGGAGAAUAACAACACCAAGAUGAGGAAAGAUCUAGAUUCUGCUCUCAACGAUGCUAAGAGCAAAGCUACGGAUAUUCAACGGCUUCAGGAUGAAAACGCGAAAUUGAAACAGAAAAUCGCGGAAUUAGAAACCAAUAGCUCUAAAACGAAAAAAGAUCUUGAUGCUGCCAUUUCGGAUGCCAAAAACGCCGCGGGCGUCGCUUCAAAUUUGAGAGAUGAGAUUGCAAAACUGAAGCAAGGAAUUGCGCAGAGAGACAACCAAAUCAAUGACCUCAAAAAGGAUUUGGAUAAGGCCCUCGCUGAGACUGGUGAUAAAAACUCAAAAAUUGGUCAACUUACUGACGAAAUUGCAAAGCUCAAAGGAAAGGUGUUUGAGUUGGAGGAUCAGGCAACAAAACUCGCUGAUAAACUAGUUAAGAUGAAGCAGGAAGCUGCUCAAAAAGACGAACAGCUGGGAAAAAUGAAGAAAAAUCUGGAACAGGCCCUUUCGGAUAACAAAGCUAAAGACGCAGUUAUCGAGCAGCUACAAGACGAAAACGACAAGCUGAAAGCGAGGAUAAAACAACUGGAGCAGAAAUCCGAUCUAGCUGAUGAAGUGUCCAAGCUUAAGCUGGAGCUCGCCAACAAAGAAAAUCAGGUUAAGGAUCUAAUGAAAAAAUUAGAUAAAGCUAACUCGGCCGCCAAAGAGAAGGAUACUAAAAUCGCUCAGCUUCGGGAUGAAAACGAAAAAUUGAAAGAGAAAAUCAAGGAGUUACAAGACCAGUUAGGGAAAUUAAAUGAUAGCUUGAAAGAGGCCAAUGAGAAAGAUAACAAAGCCGCUGCCAACGCCAAAGAAUUGGAGGACCAACUGAAAAAAGUGAAUGAUAGUUUGAAAGAGACUAAAGAGAGGGCGGACCAGGCUACUGGGGAGCCGCGAAAAGCAACGACAGGAGACUUGGAUACAAUCAUAGAUUACGAAAAGAAGAUUAAGCAACUUCAAGAUGAACUGGCCAAACAGAAGCAAGAAUGCACCGAUACAAUAGCAUCGAUGAAACAGCAAUUCGACAGAGAAAUGAAGAAUCUCUUGAAGCAGAACGAAGAGAGUAUAGCAAAGCUGCAGCAAGCUCACGAAGAUUUCGUUAGAAAUCUCAACGAGCCGCACGACGAAGACAUGAUGAGCUUGCAAGACGCUCUGCGCAAAGCUAAAUUGGAUCUUGAGGCUGUGAAGGUGGAGAGAGACAGAUUGAAGAAGAUUCUAGAGGAACAGAAAAGGAAAAGUCUCGAUAUUAAGGACAAGGUGGAGGCAGUGGAGAGCAUAAUAAUGAAGGAGCGGAAGAAGAGCAAGGAAGAGAGACGCAAGAGCGAGAUCCUCGAAGCCAAAGCUAGUGAAGACGGGCAGAAAAUCGCGGAUUUGUUGAGGGCGCUCGAGGAAGAGAAAAAGAAGAACGAACAAUUGGCGAAAGACAAUUCCAAGCUACAGAAGGAGAAAGAUAAUCUGGAACGGAGUUUGCUCAACAUGAAGCAAGGUUUCGAAGACGAGAAACGAAAGAGUGAGACGCUCGCGAGAGAUAUAGAGAGCCUCAGAAAAGAAGUUAUCGAUUUGCCUGUGCCGACAGAGGAAAAAGAUAAAGGAGACUCGGUGCAACCGAAAGAGAAAGCUGUGGAAACACUGAAGAUGGAAACGUUCAAAACGGUUUCUUUACCUGACGUGAUUGCCAUAACUACGCCUCUUUCUGAAAAAGAAUUGAAAUUUUUUGGAAGAAAGACUUGUACUUGUGUCCCUAAUAUGUUUGAUGUCGUGGAUAAAUUAUCAAGAAAUGGUUUGGAGGCGCUCAACAUCGAAGAGCUUCAACUGUUACAUAAUAAAAUAAUCGACGCUACUGCUGACGUUCUUGCCAAAUUAGGACAAAACAGCGGAGUGCUGAAACCCAAUGAAAAUGAUAGGUUGGCUUUGAUGAGAAGGAUCGCGGCUUUGGAAGGAGAUCUUAUGAAGAAACAGAAGCAUGCUCAACAGAAAGUUAUCGCCAUGCAAGUGGCCGUUAAAUUAGAGAAAGAACGGCUCAGCGAAUUACGCAGAAGUCUAGAGGCAGAAAAACAGAAGAACAGCGAUCUAAUGAAUCAAAUUGGCUCACAGUCCAAAGUUGUUUCUACCAUCCAAGAGGAAAGAGAUAUCAUCCAGCGUCAAAAGUCUUACCACGAACAAAAGUUAGAACAAUACAUAGUGGCCGUUGAAGAAGAGCGCGCAAAAAAUCGAAAUUUGGAAGAAGAACUAGAAAAAGAGAGAACUAAUACGCAGCAUCUGAAGAAUUUGCUUGAAGCUGAGAGAGACAGAGCACGACAAAAUAAAAGGAAGGACACAGAGAGUUUGGAGUCGAUGCGAAUAAAAUUGGAAAAGACUCUCAACAACGAAAUGAUGCUGCGAAUGAAGCUGCAGGAAAAAGCGUUACGAAGAUCGCCUUCUCCGGGUUUGACUCCCGUGAAAGAUAACAACCGGAAUCUUUCUUCAAGUUCGAGGACCAAAACCACUCCUUUCUUCACUGAUUUAUCACGAGAUCCUAGCAAAUCGAAAACUAAUGCAAAACGAACUGGUUCGACUAAUAGGCUUGAUAGAGACAACAAAUAACAUUGUACGCUCCUUGUAUUGUCUUUUGUAUUGAAAAUACGACAUCUGUUUUGUUUCAAAUAAACAACGAUCACCUUUAUAUUAUUCAA